AGCUGCGGGAGGGGACACACGUCCUCCCCUCAUCUCCCUCGUCCCACGCGGCCUCCCUCUAAGAUGUAAAAAAAAGCGAAAAGAGACUUUAUUUUCUCAAGUUGUAUAAAUCCAAAUCAGUUUUAGAAUCCAUUAUAAGAUGACUCCACCAGCGGAGGCUUCGUAGGUGGUGAAGUUUCAGCAAUACUAGACAGCUGCUCAAGGUGGAACAGACCAUUCCUUCCCCUAGUAAGGCUAACUCCCUCGUCAGACCAUCUCUACUAUCAACCCAUCAACCUACGCCGAAGGAGACGGUCUAUCAGAAAGGCAAUCUUUACAGUCUCUCCAUCAGGAUCUCCAUCUUCCCCAGGUCUCCGCUAACAGGCACUCCAUCAGGAGAGCCAUCUCCACCGCUUCUCUCCAUCAGGAAACCCAUGUUCGCUGUCUCCAGCAGCGGGAAAGUCUAUCUUCAGUAGGACGAUGGCUAGCUCCGGCAGCAGUAACCCCUCGCCACUGGCCUGCUGCUCCUUCUGCUGUCUCUACCGCUACCUGCUGCUGCUGCUGCUCCUCUGCGGCCUUCUAGCGCGCCCAGGUGCUGCGCUCAAGUGGGUGAGGUUCAACGUGCCGCCGUGGGCGGCCAUGGGCGGCGAGGCGCUGCUCACCUGUCAAUUCAACCUGGCCGGGGACGAGUUGUACUCGGUCAAGUGGUACAAGGCCGGCAGGGAGUUCUACCGUUACGUGCCGGCGGAGUGGCCUAGGCAGCAGUUCUUUCCCUUCCCAGGCAUCACUGUUGAUACGGAGAGGAGCGACGAACAGCAGGUGGCGCUGAAGAGAGUGAGUCUGGAAACCGCCGGUCGCUACAAAUGUGAAGUACUGACGGAAGCGCCGCAGUUCCGGACCCUCGUUCGAUCUGCCUCACUCACCGUCUAUGAUCUACCGGACGGGGGCCCAGAGGUGGUGGGUGGACAGGAGACCUACAGGCCUGGAGAGACGGUCAACCUUACCUGUCAGGCGCCCAAGUCUAUUCCGGCCACCACACUCACCUGGUUCAUUAACAACGAAGUGGCGCCGCAGAACUACCUGGUGGAAUACAAGGACCCACCCGACGCGGACGGACGCGAGGCAUCGCGACUAGGCUUGCAGUUUCGAGCGCACGACCAUCAUUUUCCCGACGGACGCCUCACUCUGCGGUGCGUCGCUGCGCUCCAUCGUCUCUACCAGAAGGAUGCGCUACACGAGGGGGUGGUCGCGCCCCCCGGCCCCCUCAGUCUCGGCCACGACGCUAACGGUGCUUGCGAGAGGCUGAGUCUGUGGGAACACCUUUGCGUGCUGUUGAGUUUACUCAUAGCAGGACUCACCGCUCACCUGUUCCAGACACUCACCUAAGUCAUGGAGUGAUUCAUCAAGGUGCUCUGCUGGGUUCAUCAUCAUCUCAGACUCCGACCGAACUGGUGAACUGGGAAAUUGUCGAACUGCUUGAAUAGUUACCUAGUAAACUGGACAAUUUGUGACCUGGUAAAUUAGUGAACUCGGCCGGAUUACUGAACUAACAUUUUAUUGAAUUGGUGAACGUUUGUGCCCUGGAACACUGGCACCUGUGUGAACACUGGUACCUGUGUGAACACUGGUACCUGUGUGAACACUGGCACCUGUGAGAACACUGGCACCUGUGAGAACACUGGUCAUAGAAAGACACAUUGUGAAGUGAGAGACCCGGGAACUACCGGAUUGAUCAGGGCUGGUGAACACUGGUGAACAAGAACAUUGCCAAUGGUGUUAAACAGGGACCUUAUAUAUAUAUAACUGACGACCUAGUUUAUUGAUGGAGCUGAAACAGUCAAACAGAUGAAGUGGUGAAAUGUAAAUAAUUAAACUGUUUAAUGCGAGAAAAGUGUGUAUGCGACUGGCGAAGAUGACAGCUCCCUGUGUGGUGAACCAUGACUGGUCGAGAGGAUACUAGGUGAAAGACAGACGAGUUACAGUCACACACUUGAUUAUAGAUGAAUACUCUGUAUGCUCCCAGUCACCAGUCACUCCUAAGUCACCAGUCAGUGCUAAGAAUAUGCUGGUGACAACCAGAGAUUAAUCACAGUUUUCCAAAGCAGUAGUUAAGGAGAGGAGUAGUAGUGUACAGGAGUAGUAGUGUACAGGAGUAGUAGUGUACAGGAGUAGUAGUGUACAGGAGUAGUGUACAGAGUUAGCCCAAACGCCUCCCCAUGUUAGUAGAGGUUAUUUACAAGCAGUGUGAGCGGCCUGCUCGUAGAAUCCAGGAUAAUAUUAAUAGCCAAAGAGUUUCAGUGUAAAUGACGUCCUGGAAGGUCAUACACAAGACAGUGCUAAACUACCUUAUCUCUUAAUUCUGCCAUGUUAUAUUGUGCAAGACAUCCCUGAUAUUAUAUGUGUAUAUAUAUUAUAUAUAUGUAUGCAUAUUGUGUAUGUAUAUGUACAUUUAACAUAUAAUUAUGUAUGUAUAAAAAGUAACAAACUAUUGGGUUGGAGAAAAUAUUCAGAAGAACUCUUAAGUCUGUUCCCUUGAGUGCUUCUUAUUCUCUUCUUGGAGGCUAAAUGUCCUCACUAUUUCAUCCAGAGGUGGUACCCCUUUAUAUAUAUUAUAUUUAUUAUAUGAUAUAUUAUAUAUAUAUAUUUCUUCGAGGCUAUGGGUCCCUACAAUUGCAACAGAGGUGGUGG